AUGAGAGCUCAAAUUCUGUCUCUAUUCGUCGUUCUGUCCGCAUUGUUGAACAGUGCAUAUGCAUCUGAGCAGAAGAAACCGACCUUCAACCCUUUCGAUAGGCGGUUUUUCGAGUUCAGGGCUGCGCGUCCAAGUGACUCUCGCGGCCCUUGCCCGGCCCUUAAUGCGCUAGCCAAUCACGGUUUCCUACCCCGUGAUGGCAGAGACAUUGGUCUUAUUAAGAUGCUACUGGGAACCUUCCUCGGCUUCGGUCUCGAUCCAGUGGCUACAAUUUUCAUCUGGGGCCCAGCAUUGGUGGCCUCGCAUAAUCCGCUUACCCUCCAGUUGGAUCUAGAGGAUCUCUCAAAGCACAAUCUCUUGAUUGAGCAUGACUGUAGUUACUCAAGAGAGGACUACGUAAUAGGCGACAACAACAAUUUCAACCCCCGUGUUUGGGCCGUUGCUCGCGCCGAGUUAAGGAAACAUACUAUUCUCUCACCUAUCAGUCUGGGUAGGGCCAAGUCAGCGCGAAUUCGGGAUGCGAGGAGGCGUAAUCCACGCACAGUGUGGGGACCAAGGGCGGCGGGAUUCAGCCUCAUGGAAACUGGCACAUUGCUCGGCAUGGCCGCUGGUUUCCCAAAAUAUGAAUGGGUUAGAUGCAUCUUCGAAGAGGAGAGACUUCCUACACACCUGGGAUGGAGGGCAAUUCCCCUGCUCGAUAACGGCAUCGCCAUCUUGACUUUUGGAAUAGCAUCACUUCUCGCAGAUCCCGACCUUCUCCAAAAUGUGGGGAGCGUCGUCCUCGACACGCCUGCGGAUAUAUUUGGAACAAUCUGGCCACCACAAAGACGUCACAUUAUGCCAAAAUUGCGAGGACUCAUAACAGAACUCGGUUUCAAUGCAACAGGCGUGGAUGAGAUGAGCAGGUUUGCAAAUAUAACCUUCGAUUGA